CCUUCACCUCCCCCCACCUCCUCGAAUUUGCCAUUCUCUUCAGAGUUGCUGCUCCUCACAGCUCCCCCUCCACCUCCGAGUGGAUCCUCCUCUGAGUUUCUCUUCUUCCUCAGAGCUCCUCCUCCUCCCGGUCCUGCAAGGCUCCAGACUUCUCGACUUGGUUUCAGAAAGCACCGGUGGCUGUAGUCGGGAUUGAGAGGUGUUUCCAGAGAAACCCAAAGAGCAGCAGGGCAGCCAUGAGGCUGCCGACGGGGUCUGAACUGUGGCCCAUAGCCAUAUUCACAGUCAUCUUCCUACUUCUGGUGGACCUGAUGCACAGGCGCCAGCGCUGGACUUCUCGCUACCCUCCGGGCCCUGUGCCCUGGCCUGUGCUGGGUAACCUGCUGCAGAUAGACUUCCAGAAUAUGCCAGCGGGCUUUCAAAAGCUGAGACAUCGCUUUGGGGACCUGUUCAGCUUACAGCUGGCCUUUGAGUCGGUGGUUGUACUGAAUGGGCUGCCAGCCCUGCGAGAGGCACUGGUGAAAUACAGCGAGGACACCGCUGACCGGCCACCGCUGCAUUUCAAUGACCAGUCGGGCUUUGGACCACGCUCUCAAGGUGUGGUCCUCGCGCGGUAUGGACCUGCCUGGCGUCAGCAGCGGCGCUUCUCUGUGUCCACCUUCCGUCACUUUGGCCUGGGCAAGAAGUCACUGGAGCAGUGGGUGACAGAGGAGGCCAGAUGCCUCUGUGCUGCCUUCGCUGACCAUAGUGGAUUCCCUUUCAGCCCUAACACUCUACUGGACAAAGCAGUGUGUAACGUGAUCGCGUCCCUCCUCUUUGCCUGCCGCUUUGAGUACGAUGACCCACGCUUCAUCAGGCUCCUGGACUUGCUGAAGGACACUCUUGAGGAGGAAUCUGGAUUCCUGCCCAUGCUCCUGAAUGUGUUCCCGAUGCUCCUACACAUCCCAGGGCUUCUUGGCAAGGUAUUCUCUGGAAAGAAGGCCUUCGUUGCCAUGCUGGACGAGCUGCUAACUGAACACAAGGUGACCUGGGACCCUGCGCAGCCGCCCCGAGAUCUGACUGAUGCCUUCCUGGCUGAGGUGGAGAAGGCCAAGGGGAAUCCUGAGAGCAGCUUCAAUGAUGAGAACCUGCGUGUGGUGGUGGCUGACCUGUUCAUGGCAGGGAUGGUGACCACCUCCACCACACUGACCUGGGCCCUGCUGUUCAUGAUCCUGCAUCCGGAUGUGCAGUGCCGAGUACAACAGGAAAUCGAUGAGGUCAUAGGGCAGGUGCGGCAUCCAGAGAUGGCAGACCAGGCCCGCAUGCCCUUCACCAAUGCUGUCAUCCAUGAGGUGCAGCGCUUUGCAGACAUUCUCCCUCUUGGUGUGCCUCACAAGACAUCUCGUGACAUUGAAGUGCAGGGCUUCCGUAUCCCUAAGGGGACAACCCUCAUCACCAACCUGUCGUCCGUGCUGAAGGAUGAGACCGUCUGGGAGAAGCCCCUCCGCUUCCACCCUGAACACUUCCUGGAUGCCCAGGGCAACUUUGUGAAGCAUGAGGCCUUCAUGCCAUUCUCAGCAGGCCGCAGAGCAUGCCUGGGGGAGCCCCUGGCCCGCAUGGAGCUCUUCCUCUUCUUCACCUGCCUCUUGCAGCGCUUCAGCUUCUCCGUGCCCGCCGGACAGCCCCGGCCCAGCGACUAUGGCGUCUUUGGUGCUCUGACCACCCCGCGCCCCUACCAGCUCUGUGCUUCGCCCCGCUAAGAGGAGGCACAGCAUCUCCCUCACUGUGCUUGCUGGGGUCCUAGUGUGCAAUAAAUGGUUUUACUCUGAACCGAAUCAUCCCUGUGAGCUCUCCAGGCUCUAAGGGGUCUGAGCAGCCUUCCUGUGGACAUCCGCACCCCUACUUAAUCUUCCUUGACCAUGUGCCCCAAUGGAAGGGCUGCUCUGCUGACCUCCGAAAUGGCAGCCAUUCUUGCUUUCACCCCCGCCCCCUCUUUUCACCCAAAUUGAUGAUGUUUAUUCAUAGAUGCCAACAUCUGGAAGGAGGGCCAGAAAGGACUGCUGUGAAGGGUCAGUGUAAGUCACACAGAUGAGGGAAGGGGCGGUGGAGGUAAUGGUGGGCAGGAUUGUUCCCUUUCUACUUGAGAUGUUUCUCCCAGACGCCCCCAUUUCAGACCCACUACACAACCAAGGCUAACUCCUCAGCCAGCAUCAUCACAACUUCUUAUAUGACGUCGCAGAGAUGUAGAGAAGUCAGGGAGGCUGGAAAUGACAUGCAGGUUAAGUGCCCAAGGUUACCUGUUAGGUACCACAUGCUUCCCUAAACGGUUUUGUGGGGGUCCAGAAGCAGGUUGCCUCCUAAGCUUUUGUCACCAUUAAUUCCAUGACCCAACAGGGAUACUGGUGUCCAGGCCCAUGCACAGUAAGAAAGUGACUCUAACCAGGGGUGGAAGGACCCCGCAAGCUUGGUGUUGAAACAGGCUCCCAGACCUUAGCACAACUGACUCCAUGGUGGAAGUACCAUUUGGGCCAUAAAACUUAGCACGUAGACAGCAGUUCCUCUCAUAAUGAAAACAAAGACCUAAUCCGUCAAAUUCUAUAUUUCCGGGAAGGUCUCUCGAAGCACUCAUCUUGGCUUCUGUAGUUCUCCUAGCUAACUGCUCUUGCUAACUGAAGUAUGUCAACCCAGGAUAUGGUUGUUGGUAAAAGCUCGCCCUGAGAAUGGCUCAGGACGACAUUGGGGUGACCCAGUGUAGUCACCAGCCAGCUAAUAAAGACCUCCGUUUGGUUUAAAUCCA